AUGAGCUCAAAGAGGGGUAAAAGAAAUAUGGGAAAUAAACAUUUCCCGAUAGCGGAAUCAGUGAGUAUAGCAUUGAAAAUACAGCUGGAUAAAUUUCUUAGCGAUGAAAAUGAGACAGAACUUAAAUUUCCCACAUUCCUGUCGGCUCAAGAACGUGGUUUCAUUCACGAGACUGUGGCUAAGCUAGGACUUAAAUCCAAAUCGCGCGGGAAAGGAGUCAACCGUUAUUUAACAAUAUAUAAAAGAGUGGGCUCAACUAUUAUUCAAAAUGACGCUAAGCUCAUACUUGACUCCAAUAUGAGGUGCAGCAUAUCAGAGUUAAUUAAUGCAUUUCCAAUAACAAGUAAAGAAAAGGAUGAUUUGAGUUGUUGUCCAGAAAAAGAAAGGAGUCCUCAAUUGGCUCAUAAGUCACUAGGACAGUUGAACAAUGGAGUUGCACAAGUACCUAAUACAACUUAUAAUCCAGAUCUCUUAAAGUUUAGAGAAAAACUACCUGUAUAUGAACAAAGACAAGAGCUUAUCAAUGCAAUCACACAUAAUCAGGUGAUCAUAGUGGCGGGUGCCACCGGAUGCGGUAAGACGACUCAGCUUCCGCAACUCGUGCUAGAUUGGUGUCAAGAGCACAAGCAACCAGCACGCAUCUACUGUACACAGCCCAGGAGGAUAUCUGCUGUCUCCGUUGCAGAGAGGGUUACAUAUGAGCGAAUGGAGAAGAUAGGCCAGUCGAUCGGGUACCAGAUUCGGCUGGAGUCACGAGUUAGUCCACGCACCGUGCUCACAUACUGCACUAAUGGAGUGCUGCUUCGGACACUGAUGGCUGGAGACACCUCACUUACAGGUGUGACGCACGUGUUCGUGGACGAGGUGCACGAGCGGGACAAGUUCAGCGACUUCCUGCUGAUCGCGCUGCGAGACGCGCUGCCUCGCUUUAAGGACCUCAAGCUGUUGCUCAUGUCCGCCACUUGCGACACGCAGAUAUUCUCCAGAUACUUCAACAAUUGCCAGGUGAUCACUAUCCCUGGUCGUUUGUACGAGGUGCAACGCUACUAUUUGGAGGAUGUGCUCAAGAUAACGCAAUACCGCAGCAAGAAGAUGUUGCAGGCGGAACGUGAGCUCAGGCAGAAGCUCAAGUCCGGGCAGAGCUACUGGUCGCACCUUGAAGGUCAAAAACAAAAUGCAGAAGAGGGCAGCAGUAGCAGUAUCAGUAAAGAAGAGAAGGAGAAUAUAAUCGAUCCAGCACUGCAGGCUGACAUGGACGAUUUUCUAGAAGAGUGUUUUAAAGAAGGCAGUUUGGACUCGUUCUGUCAGAUCCUGUACAUGUACCUGUCGGAGGGCGUGCCUCCGCAGUGCGCUCAGUCACGCUCGGGCCUCACCGGCCUCAUGGCCGCCGCCAGCCACGGACUCACCGAGACCGCCGCGCAGAUACUGCAUAUUGGAGCGGAUCCCAAUAUCAAGGACAAAAAUGGCAAAACUGCAUACGAUUACGCUGUCGAAAACGGUCACACGGAAUGCGCAAAACUUUUAGCUACUUUUAGUUUAAACGACGAAUCGAAAGACAAUCAAGAAGAAGACAACGCAGCAGACAACUUCCUCCUUGACGUCUACCAUCACUCAGUCUCUGAAGAGUUGAUAGACCAUGAGUUGAUGCUGGCUCUGAUAAAGCACAUCCAUGUAAAUUUACCCAAAGGCAGUAUAUUAGUUUUCUUGCCAGGCUACGACGAUAUUGUGACACUAAGAGAUCUGAUACAGUCCUGCUCGGAAAUGAACGUGAUGAAAUAUCAGAUAUUCACUUUACACAGUAACAUGCAGACUCUGGACCAGAAGAAAGUCUUCAAUCCCCUACCAAACGCCAGGAAGAUCAUAAUUUCCACUAACAUAGCUGAAACUUCUAUUACGAUUGACGACGUUGUUUAUGUGGUAGAUUCUUGUAAAGUAAAAGAAAAAUACUACGAAUCUAACGGAGGCGUGUGCUCCUUACAAUGCGUGUGGACUUCUAGAGCAUGUUGCCAGCAAAGGGCCGGCCGUGCGGGUAGAACUAAACCGGGGCAUUGCUUCCACAUGUGCUCGAAACGAAGAUUUAAAACGUUACCCCUCAAUUCGAUUCCUGAGAUACUUAGAGUACCUUUACAGGAGUUGUGUCUGCACACGAAACUUCUUGCUCCUGGCAACACUCCUAUAGCCGACUUUUUAUCGAAAGCUCUCGAACCACCGUCGUUUCUAGCCGUGCGCAACGCUGUGACGCUUCUUAAGACAAUAGGUGCUCUGACGCCAAUGGAGGAUCUAACGGAGAUUGGACAACAUCUAUUAGAUUUGACUGUUGAGCCAAAACUAGGAAAAAUGCUGCUUUACGCUUGUGUCAUGAAGUGCCUGGACCCAAUAUUAACGAUAGUCUGCAGUUUGGCUAACAAAGAACCUUUCCAGAUAUCAAUGAAUCCUGAGAACCGAAAGCGAGGAAGUAUGGCCCGAAAAGAAUUCGCUGCGGAUAGUUUCUCAGAUCAUAUGGCUUUGUUGCGAGCAUUCCAAGCAUGGCAGACAGCCCGAGCGAAUGGCACAGAAAGAGCAUUCUGCGCGAAGAACCUUAUUUGUGGAGCAACCAUGGAAAUGAUAGUUGGGUAUCGAUCGCAAUUGCUGGCUCAGCUUAGAGCGUUGUGUCUCGUCAAAGCUCGAGGGUCCGGUGAUAUAAAAGAUGUCAAUUUGAACUCUGAAAAAUGGCACGUGGUUAAAGCUGUGCUUGUUAGUGGUUUGUAUCCUUCGAUAGCGAGGGUAGAUCGAGAUUCGUCAACGCUCCGAACAUCUAAAGAAGUGAAAGUGGCUUUCCACCCUAGUUCGACGCUUAAUCGCGGUGGCGGCAUCAGUGGUUCCCAGAAGUCUGUACAAAAUCUGCCGACAGACUGGGUUGUGUUCGAAGAGAUUUCCAGAGCGGGUAGAUUCUGCUUUAUAAGAUGUAAUACGCUGGUAACGCCUUUGACCGUGGCGCUGUUCGGUGGCCCAUUAAGAUUACCAGCUGGCGCAUUGACACAGCGGGCGAAUCCUCCCGGACUUUCAAGUGACUCGGAUAGUGAAGCCGAAGAAAACAACUCCUCACCAGAUACGGCUGUUCUGACUUUGGAUGACUGGAUGGCUUUCACAGCGGACGCCUCAGAUGCAAUCAACGUUUACUAUUUAAGACAGAAGCUAUGUGCUUUAGUUAUACGAAGAAUGUCGAAUCCAGCGAAACCGAUGACUCCUUUGGAUGAGCAGAUUCUAAGCACGGUCGUUCACAUAAUGGGAGCUGAAGAGAAAAAUGUCGGCUUAAAUCAACCCAGCGGUAUAGGACAGAGACCAAAACCUCUCACAGUUGAUUCGCCGAAUUGGCGCAUGCGAGUAGAUAACGAUGAGCAGUACCGUCAUGAUAACAGCAAAUUCUACCCGCAGUACAGUCAGAAUGAAUUCGCGAACAACUUCUAUCAAAACUCGUACGGAUAUAGAAACGGACAACGUCCUGGUUGGAGGAACGAUGGGAUGCCUCAAGGUUUCUCACCGCAAUCUUACAGUGGUCCAAAAAGUCCAAUAUCACCAAAUGGAAAGACUCUAUUAGCAAAUAUCGAGAAAUAUGCGGAAAAUAACGAUAGCAAUACGAGGUACUUCGUAGUGAAGGCUGAUGACGUCCACAGUGUGGAGCUGGCACAAACUAGUAAUACAUUUAACUUCACACAGAACACCGCCAAGAAGUUGCAGAAAAUCAAACAGGAGGGCUUUCGCGUCGUUGUGUUCUUCUCGUGCGCGAGUGCGGGCAAGUUCUGUGGCUGCGCUUCGCUCGGAGACUCCUCACUUGAAUGGAUCUGCACGCAUCACCUGCCUUAUCACAUGGUCAGGCACAUAGCGAAUUCUCUGGCGGGCGGUGCGCGAGUGGCGGGCGCGCGCGACGGCUGCGAGCUGUGCGCGGGCGCGGGCCGCGCGCUGUUGGCCGCGCUGCUCGCCGCGCGCCGCCGCCCCGCGCCGCGCCCCAUACAGAAGCACUGCGCUGACCAAUAG